AAAGAAAAUAAUCGAUUCCAUUUCAGGGAGAGGUAUCUUAGUCUAUUUUGUCAACCUGUGAUCGUUCACUUCACUUUCUGAAAGUGUUUUUUAGUGUGUCGAAACGAAUAACAAUUUGAGGAGGUUCGGUAGAGUGGCGUGGCGUUUUACUCACAACAGCAUCAUCAUCAAAAUAAUCAAAUCACCUAUUCCGGCAACCUCAACACUACCUACCCCUAAAUCAAAUGUCCUUUUCUAUCUCUUCUUCGAUUCUCCUCACACCCCAAACAUCUUAACCUUCCAGUUCAACAUCUUACCCCAACCAUGCUUGUGUUUCGAUUGAAGCCUGGCAGUUACAAGGAAACAGCGACCCUCGCACUUUCCCACUUCAGGCACUUGGUCUUCAACUUCACACGCGCCGGUGACUCUGGGUGCCCGCCACGCGCUGGCUUCGGGGUUCGGAGAGGCUACAACGUCGUUUCCUCGUUGGGGGACCCACCCGAAGUCUGGUCCGGCGGCGGGAUUGUCGUUCGCCCCGGGAAUUCGAAUUUCGAUGUCGCCGGCGGCGGCGCCGCCCCGAAUUCCGGCGAUUCGAAAGAGGGAUGUUGGGGUGGCUCCAACUUGGGGAACAGUUUCCCUACGCCAAAGGAGAUUUGCAAGGGGCUAGACAAAUUCGUUAUUGGACAAGAGAGGGCAAAGAAGGUGCUUUCUGUGGCGGUUUAUAAUCACUACAAGAGGAUAUUUAAUGAAACCUCUUCGUCCAAGUGGCCUGCAGGAGAUUCAGAUAAUAAUAAUGUGAAGACUGAUGCUGUUGAUGAUGAUAGAGUUGAACUUGAGAAAAGCAAUAUCCUUCUAAUGGGGCCAACAGGAUCAGGGAAGACAUUACUUGCCAAAACUUUGGCUCGGUUUGUAAAUGUUCCCUUUGUUAUUGCAGAUGCAACUUCACUCACUCAGGCAGGUUAUGUUGGAGAGGAUGUAGAAUCCAUAUUAUACAAGCUCCUCAUGGUUGCAGAUUAUAAUGUUGCAGCUGCACAGCAAGGCAUUGUUUACAUUGAUGAAGUUGACAAGAUUACUAAAAAGGCUGAGAGCCUUAAUAUCAGUAGAGAUGUUUCUGGUGAAGGUGUUCAGCAGGCAUUACUAAAGAUGCUUGAGGGGACGGUUGUCAAUGUUCCUGAGAAGGGAGCCCGAAAGCAUCCUAGGGGUGACAAUAUUCAGAUUGACACAAAGAAUAUACUUUUCAUUUGUGGAGGAGCCUUUGUUGACUUAGAGAAAACAAUCUCAGAAAGCCGUCAUGAUUCUUCUAUUGGAUUUGGGGCGCCUAUACGUGCAAACAUGAGGACUGGUAAAGUCACAGAAGCUGCUGUGGCAUCAUCUUUAUUACAAACUGUUGAAAGUAGUGAUCUUGUUGCAUAUGGUUUAAUACCUGAAUUUGUUGGGAGGUUUCCUAUCCUUGUCAGUUUGUCAGCUUUAACUGAAAAUCAACUCAUUCAGGUCCUCACAGAACCAAAGAAUGCUCUUGGGAAGCAAUACAAGAAGAUGUUCCAAAUGAAUGGGGUAAAGCUACAUUUUACAGAAAACGCUCUAAGAUCAAUUGCCAGAAAGGCAAUAUCUAAAAAUACUGGUGCUCGGGGAUUACGAUCAAUAUUAGAAAAUGUGUUGGUAGAUGCCAUGUAUGAGAUUCCUGAUAUUAGAACAGGCGAUGAUGUUAUAGAUGCUGUUGUUGUUGAUGAAGAGGCUGUUGGAGGUGAGGGGCGUGGGAGAGGGGCUAAAAUCCUUUAUGGUAAGGAUGCAUUGGAUCGAUAUCUUUCGGAGCAGAAAAAUGAUUCAGAGACCAUGGAGGCAUCAGCCGCAGAUAAUGAAGCAGAUACGGAACUUCCUUCCAUUGUUGCCAGCAUGUAACUUGUUGCAAAUUAUUUAUUACAGUUGUCUUUGUACAUAUAGUUGAUACAUUUGGCUUAUGUGGCUUGGGCUUGAAAUCAAUGUACCAUCAAUCAAUGUAGUUUCCACGGUAAACUCCGUGGUUGCUUUUGCACAAAUCAUAGUGAGGUAAACUAAAUGCCACAUACUUCUUAUAAGUGUGCAGUACCUGAUUCGUUAUGUAAAUGUUGAGUGGCAUUAUUUAAAGAACCAAAAAUGUGUAUUGUUAAAUGAUUCGGGUUCAUUUUAUUCCUGGUUUUGUUCCU